AGAAAUGUCUCCGGAAAGUCUUAGGAAGUAUGUGUAAAGCGUAAAGUUAUCAUUCACUUAUGGAAAUUUAUAUUUACAGACCUGAUUGACGUAGGUGACCAGGUGUUUAGUUGGUUGACCUCAUUCCCUUGCAAGUAUCCACGUCAGAGCAGUCUUAACACUUCUACAGGCGAAGGAUAUAAGUUUCGGCUCUGUUUCUCCCAAUUCCUUGGGUAAAUGACCUAAAAAAUACACUAAAAGGACUCUUAUUUACACCCAAAAUCAAGAUCUCAUUUUGUGAAGUUCAAGGUUAGCGAUUUAACCAUGAUAUAUUUGGUGAAUUUGGCGAGGCGUUUUUCAACGACCAAGCGCAAGUUACACGACAUGAGGAUAGCUAUCAUUGGACAGAGCAUCUUCGCCAGCAGCGUCUACAAGCAGCUGAAAGAAGAUGGCCACAAGAUUGUUGGAGUUUUUACUAUACCAGACAAGGGGAAAAGAGAAGACCCACUGGCAUCAAUUGCCAGUAAAGACGGCACAGCUGUUUUUAAAAUACCAAGAUGGAGGCUCAAAGGUCAGCCAAUCAAGGAAGUUAUAGACCAGUAUAAAUCCGUGGAGGCAGACUUGAAUGUGUUGCCAUUUUGUACACAAUUUAUACCAAUGGAAGUUAUCAACCAUCCGCGUCAUCAGUCUAUAUGCUAUCAUCCAUCGCUUCUACCGAAGCAUCGAGGCGUUUCCUCAAUUAAUUGGACUCUGAUAAGAGGAGACAAAAAGGCUGGAUUAUCAGUAUUUUGGGCAGACGACGGACUCGACACUGGACCCAUAUUACUUCAACGAGAGUGUGAUGUGGACCCAAAUGACACCGUUGACAGUUUAUACAACAGGUUUCUGUAUCCGGAAGGGAUCAAAGCUGUGGUUGAAGCCGUCAAGAUGGUUGAAAACGGAACAGCUCCCAAAAUACCCCAAACUGAAGAAGGCGCCUCAUAUGAGCCAGCUCUCAACAAAAUAGAGCAAUGCAUGAUUAAAUUUAAUGAACUGACAGCAAAUGAUCUCCAUAAUUUUAUUAGAGGCAUGGAUAAAGUUCCUGGAGCCUGCGCAAUUAUAGACAAACAGACUGUGCGCUUAUAUGGUUCAACAAUAUGGGAUCAGGAUGUGCCCGAAGGACGAGAAUGUUCUAUUGAAGGAUUAGUCUCACCUGGAAUUAUUCACUCUGAUGGUUUGAUUUUGCGUGGAUGUGACGGUAAAACAGUGAAUGUUAAAAAGAUCAAACUGGAAGAAACUGGUCGAAUUAUAAAUGCUUCAAACUUUGGGGUUCAGAUUGAGGCAAGUGAAGCAAUAGAUUUAACAGAAGAGGAAUUAGCAGUUUCCGACAAAAUUAAGUUGAUUUGGGAUAGUAUUUUGUCUGCAGAAGUGGAUCAAGAAACUGACUUCUUUAAGAGUGGUGCUGGAUCUAUGGAUGUUGCCAGAUUAGUCGAAGAACUUAGAGAAAAGUGUGGCAUCGUUCUCGAAAAUGAAGAUGUCUAUGUGUCCACACAAUUCAACGAGUUUGUGAAAGCUGCUGUUCUGAAGUUGAGAGGAGGUGGAAGUUCUCCAAAACUCGAAUUUAAAUCGGUAUGUGUGCACGUAAAUAACAUGGAUCUCAAAAUUCCAACACAGUUAUUUAUUAACAAUCGUUUCGUGGAUGCAUCAUCUGGAAAGACAUAUAAGUCCAUUAAUCCAAUUGAUGAAUCGGUUAUAUGCGAAGUUCAGUGUGCAUCCAAAGAAGACGUAGAUAAAGCAGCAAAAGCGGCAAAAGCUGCCUUUGAUGAUGGCGAAUGGAGAAAAAUGAAUGCAAGAGAUCGAGGCCGUUUAAUGUUUAGGCUUGCUGAUUUCAUGGAGGAACAUAAAGAAGAGCUAGCCACACUGGAAAGCAUCGACUCGGGUGCUGUAUACACUUUGGCUUUAAAAACGCAUGUUGGAAUGUCAAUUGAAACAUGGAGAUACUUCGCUGGUUGGUGUGACAAAAUUCAGGGGUCUACGAUACCUAUAAACAAUGCUCGUCCUAAUCGAAAUCUGACAUUUACGAAAAAAGAACCAAUUGGCGUAUGUGGCAUCAUCACCCCUUGGAACUACCCCUUGAUGAUGGUGUCUUGGAAGGCGGCUGCGUGUCUCGCUGCAGGAAAUACUCUUGUUUUGAAACCUGCUCAGGUGUGCCCACUCACGGCAUUGAAGCUCGCUGAACUCAGCGUGUACGCUGGAUUUCCUCCUGGAGUUAUAAAUAUCGUACCUGGAACAGGAUCAGAAUGCGGUCAAGCUAUAACUGAGCAUCCUUACAUAAGGAAACUUGGCUUUACAGGUUCCACUCCGAUAGGAAAGCAAAUAAUGAACAGCUGUGCUCUUUCCAAUUUGAAAAAAGUGUCCCUCGAACUUGGUGGGAAAUCUCCAUUAAUAAUAUUUUCAGACUGUGAUCUAGACAAAGCUGUAAGGCAGGGUAUGAGUGGAGUAUAUUUCAACAAGGGAGAAAACUGCAUUGCUGCCGGCAGGCUAUUUGUAGAAGAAUCGAUCCAUGACGCUUUUGUGGAUAGAGUUGUUGCAGAGACCAAAAAAAUGGUAAUUGGUGAUCCCUUGGAUAGAUCAACUCAUCAUGGCCCACAAAAUCACAAAGGACAUUUAGAUAAACUUUUAGAAUAUUGCGAAACUGGUGUCAAAGAAGGAGCGAAGUUAGUUUUAGGUGGAAAACGAGUAAACAGGCCAGGUUACUACAUGGAGCCAACUAUAUUUACCGAAGUACAGGACCAUAUGUACAUUGCCAAAGAAGAGUCAUUUGGACCCAUAAUGAUUAUUUCUAAAUUCAAAGAUGGGGAUGUGAAUGGUGUGCUUAAACGAGCCAAUGCUACCGAGUAUGGUUUGGCUUCUGGAGUGUUCACCCGUGAUCUCUCUAAAGCCAUGUACGUCAGUGAAAAAAUUGAAGCGGGAACGUGCUUCAUCAAUUGUUAUAACAAAACGGAUGUUGCGGCGCCAUUUGGAGGUUUCAAGCAAUCAGGCUUCGGGAAAGAUUUGGGAGAGGAAGCGUUGCAUGAAUAUCUUCGAAUUAAGUGUAUAACUAUGGAAUAUUGAAUCGGUCAAGCAUGCCCCUAUAGAAGGUACUCGACUAUAUUUUCUUAGUCACAAAACUGCAAAGAACUAUGUACUCGGCAUGGCUGAACCUUUGUAUCGAAAAUUAACUCUGCUAAAUAUUUUACAAACUGCAGGAAUAGCUGUAAAUAUAUAAAUUAAGAAGCAAGUUCCCGUUUAUUCAGUAUUGGAAAUGUGCAAAGAAGGGAGUACAAGUUGUGAUUCAAAAUAUAUACUUUUCAAGCGCUGUAUAUGUUUAAUGGAAUAAAUGUAUUUUAUUGUAAA